AAGUAAUUGCCUCUGGCAAUAAAAGUGGCGAGAGGAAAGGAUAAACAGAACGCUUAUUUCGGUGAAUUCUCUGGGAAAUACUGAAAAAUACACCACAAAUUCGUGAAAUAUACAUUUAAGAAGAACUUCUCCUGCCAACACAGUGUUUAACGUAGUUAUUUGAUACAAAACAGGGUGGAAGAAUGAUUGAAAUCACCUGCAAUGACAGAUUGGGCAAAAAGGUGAGGGUGAAAUGCAAUCCGGACGACACCAUAGGGGAUCUCAAGAAGCUGAUUGCCGCCCAGACUGGCACAAAGUAUGACAAAAUCGUCCUCAAGAAGUGGUAUACAAUCUUCAAGGAUCACAUAAGGCUAAUUGACUAUGAAAUUCACGACGGCAUGAAUCUUGAGCUCUACUAUCAGUGAAGAACGAAGAUUGAAGAAUAUUUUGUGGCUUUUUGGAAUAAACAUUUCACUAUGAUAAAGAUCUAAA